UCUUUGUAGUGGUUGAUGCAUUGAGAAGAUUGCGAGUCUAUAAUCCAUGUUGACAAUGGUUGACUUGACUGAAAAUAUGGCUGUAAAAUAACCAAAACUCCUUUGUUCCAAUGAAAAUGUUGAAAUAAGGAAAAUAAUACAAGAAAUUUGGGGUUUGCACGAAAAAGCACGGUUUAAAAUGAGUGAUUCAUUUAUGUGGCUAAGUUUAAUAUAGUGUCCGCGAAGAGAACUGUUUCGAAAAACGAACAGGUACAAGACUGAAUGAAUUUUGGGGUUUCAUCAAAUGAUAUAGCACGGAUACGGGUGGACGAUUUCUAUCUAAUGGUUGGCCAUCAACCUCAAAGAAUUUAGCAAUGCUCUAGAGAUGUCUAGUGCUAUACUGGUAAAUGCAGUAAAAAUGCCGAUGUCCCGUACACAACUAUUUCCAGUCUCAUCACAUUCAUAUAUACAAGAAGGGGGUGGUUCAAGUUUGCCACCUCUAAAGAACAUGAAGGAACAGAGUCCACCGGCUGCAUCCACAGCAUCUUCAGCUAACUCAGCAGGGUUACCUGAGCUCUCAUCAGUGAACUCAUGUGCACUGCAAUGUGUACAGCCCCACAUUACUCGUAGUAUAACAAGUUCUGUACAAGUAAAGCCACCCACCACAACUGCAGUUACCACCAUGGACUGCCAAACUAAAACUACCAUGGUGGCUACCCCUGACCAAGUAAUGAAACUUUAUAUGAACAAACUUACCCCAUAUGAACAUCACGAAAUCUUCACCUACCCCCAAAUAUAUUUUAUAGGAGCUAAUGCCAAAAAACGACCAGGAAUUAUUGGUAAUCCUAACAAUUGUGAUUAUGAUAAUGACCAGGGAUCCUAUAUCCAUAUUCCUCAUGAUCAUGUAGCAUAUAGAUAUGAAGUGCUUAAAGUGAUAGGAAAAGGCUCUUUUGGGCAAGUGGUUAAAGCGUACGACCACAAAAAGCAUAUGCAUGUUGCACUCAAGAUGGUGAGAAAUGAAAAGAGGUUUCACAGACAAGCACAAGAAGAAGUACGCAUCCUAAAGCACCUCCGCAAGCAGGACAAAGACAACACCAUGAACAUUAUUCACAUGUUAGAUUCAUUUACAUUUAGAAAUCAUAUGUGCAUAACAUUUGAAUUGUUGUCUAUAAAUUUGUAUGAACUCAUAAAAAAAAAUAAGUUCCAAGGAUUUAGUUUGCAACUUGUGAGGAAGUUCAGCCAUUCAUUGCUUCAAUGUCUGGAUGCCUUAAAUCGUAAUAAAAUUAUCCACUGCGACAUGAAACCAGAAAACAUUUUAUUGAAACAGCAGGGCAGAAGUGGUCUUAAGGUAAUAGAUUUUGGUUCGUCCUGUUACGUUCAAAAUCGUGUGUACACAUACAUUCAGUCAAGAUUUUACAGAGCACCAGAAGUGAUACUAGGGGCUAGAUACGGAAUGCCCAUCGAUAUGUGGUCACUAGGAUGUAUUUUAGCUGAAUUAUUGACUGGUUUUCCUCUACUUCCCGGCGAAGACGAAGCAGAUCAGCUAGCCUGUAUAAUGGAAUUAUUAGGAAUGCCCCCUCAAAAAUUGUUAGACGAAUCAAAACGUGCAAAGAAUUUUAUAAGUUCCAAAGGGAUACCACGCUACUGCACUUGUUCAACCUUAGCAGAUGGUACUGUUGUUCUGAGCGGCGGCUUGAGUCGAAGAGGUAAACCAAGAGGACCGCCAGGUUCGAAGGAUUUGCAUCGCGCCUUGAAAGGAUGCGAUGAUCCGUGGUUCAUAGAUUUCAUCGAAAGAUGCCUGGAGUGGGAUCCCGACAACAGGAUGACACCGGCACUAGCCUUGAGGCACACAUGGCUAAGGAGGCGACUUCCGAGACCACCGAACGAGAAAAUUGAACAAAAUAGCAGCGGUGCACAAAGGAACACACCUACCGGCCAAAGAACCCCUAAAUCUAGUUCAGGCUCAACAACAAGUAGUACAUUAUUUACCAGUAACAAGGUUCGUGUACAACUAAGUGAUGAUCGUUCCGCAACACUUCACUCCGGAAAAUUACCUCCAGUUACAUAGCCAACUUUUAGACUUCCCCAAUGCCCACAUAUAAGUUAGAAUUUAGUAAAUCAUAUCGUGAGACUGUGGAACAUUUACUAGUGUUGGAGUGUUAUGAUAAGUUUAAUAUCUGGCUGUUUUGUCUGUCCUUAUAAUCUGUGUUGUCUUUUCAUGUUUGAUAUUUAUUGGUCAUAUUUUAACUCAUGUCUCAUCAACAUUUUUCCUCUUAGGCUUGUAAUUCGUAGAAGUUAUUUUCCCACAAGUGUAGUCUGUUGCUUUUUAGAACUAUAUGUACAUAACAACAAUUUAUCACUGGUAAUUAUGAAAGUAUCAUAUCAUAUUUUUUAUUCCUACCUUCCAUUUAUAUUAUAAAUUACACCAGUGUUUUCAUUUUUGUGAUACAUACACGUCAAAUUUUUACUUUUAGUUAGCAAAUUUUAAAUUCGUCCUAUGUUUUUACAAACAUAAAUUUCUCGGUAUUUUCCAAAUAGUAUUGAAAUAUCGUUGUGACAAACGUUGUGACUUUUGAUUAGGGGCGUUCCAAAAUCACCGGUAAAUAAUAAUCUUAAAUUACUAGUGGUAUCUCAAGUUAUAUUAUCCUUUUUCUUGUUUAAAUAAUUAAUUAAAGGAGCAUUAUUUAAAUUGAAGUAAUUUCUGAAACUGACAGAGGACCAUAUGUCUUAAAAUACCACAAAUUUUAAUAUUUAACGAUGAUUCUGAGAAGCUUUUGAGUAUUUUAAAUAAUUUUGACAAAUAUGAUUUUUACAUAUUACGUUAACUAUUUCAUAACUUCCAUUUGACAAAAUUAUCUACAUGAAUGUGUAAAAAGUAGAAUCUAUGAUUUAUUGCAAUUUCUAUGCAUUUGUCAUUUAUAAACUAAAUUUAUUGCCUGCCUAUUUAAUCCUUAACGUCGCUAGGUCAAUAAAUGUGUAAAAUUUUGAGUGAUAUUGACUACACGUAGCUAGAAGGAACCGAAUUAAUUUACACAUUUUAGCUAAUGUUGAGGAAGAGAAUGACGUCUGAGCUGGGACAAAUCUUUGUGAUUUUUUUAAUUGAAAAACUAUAUACAUGUUUGUUGACAUGUUGCCUAUGUACAAUGACAUUUUAGUACCAAAUAUGUAAAUUCUAGUUUUUGCAUCUAAAAUGAAUUUGUUGCUCAAUUUAUUUUUGCAUUUAUUAUUAAUAAAUAAUGAAAAAUAUAAAAGAUUUAUUCAAUUCAUACAUUGUAUAUUUAUAUUUUAUAAAUAUUGCAAUAUUUUAUUUCAAUCCUGUGUGUUUUUUAAUAAUCUUUCUGUGUGCAGUACAACAUUUUAAAGAAAUUUAAAGUACUCUAUAUAUAUUUAGUUUGACAACGACUAUUUUGAUCUGAUGAAUGGCCUAUUUUGGAGUCAACUAUUACUAUUAGAAAGAAUUGAACAGAAUUUAUAUAUUUUGUUGAUAUUGCUUGCCUGAUCAAACCUUAAUUAAUUAGUUAUUAUUGUAACAAAUUGUACAAAGUAUAUCUAAAAUAUCUAAUGUAAAGCAGUGGUCACAUUAUUUUUUGUUUUUGUUGCAAUUCAAUGGGUUACUUAGAUGAAUUCGACAUGAUUGUACAAACAAAUUAGAUGACAACAUUUAAGUUUUACCUUAAUUUUGAGUCUGAGGGAAAAUUAGUUAUAGAAAACUUGGCCAGUAGAGAUUAUGAUGAACAUAAAUAAAAUAUGUCAUUUCUACCAGUUUCAAAUAGUUUUUAGUAGUUAUUUACAAGUAACCAAUCUGUUUUGUAUUUGUCUGAACUCCAAUAAGUCAAUUUAUAUGAAAUUUAAAAUUUGUUUAAUCAAUUUUAGAGACGUUUAAUAAUUUAACUGCAUUAACUUUAAUAUAUUUUAAGAUAAAAAUUGUUUAUUGGAGUUUAUACACAUUAUCUAGAUGGUACUAAUAUUGUAACUUUCUUUUGUGUUAACUAUACAAGAACUGAUAAUAUAUAAAGUUUCUUAGUACUUGUACAGUUAAUUGUAAAUAUAUUGAGUACUAUCUAGAUACUGCAAUUAAAAACAAUCUGGAAAUUUCAAAUAGGUUAGAAGGAACAAAAAUAAAUUCAUUUAUUAAAGGGAUGAGGGUUUGAACUCUUCUAAACAUUAUCUGGAUAUCUGAUAACAUGAACAUAUAGUUUCUAACAUGCUUGAAAAUUGAGCAAUUACAAAAAGUUAUUAAGAGUGAAAACCCUGCCGAUUUUUGGUAUUAAAGUGUUACUUGUCAAUAAUUUUAUAAGCUGUAUAUACAGGGUGUUUGAUGAGAUACUAAUUUAAGACCUUUGUAAAUAGUUGUGUCGCUUGGCAUAAUUUCUUCAUUGCGUAUGUGAUAGUUGCUUAAUAUUGACGUUUUUCUUAUGUUUGUUGUUAUCUUUUCUGGCUGUGUUCAGAUAGUGCCUAUAGCAAUGAAAUUUGUAUUACUAAUUUGCACUGUAAGUAGAUUUUACAUGUACAUAAACUGACUGCUAUACUCUUUAAAAAUAAAUGAGUUUGGCUUUAUAUUGACUGCGGUCAAGAGGUGUGACACAUUAUUUUUAUCGAAACUGUUAUUUCGAAAUGAAUCGGAGUUUGAUAGCAUGAUAGCAUAGUAUGAAUGUGUGAGUAUAUGUUGCAAAACAAACAGCAUGCUUGAACAUUAUUAGUUCAUUUAAACAAUAUUAAUUUAAAAGUUAUUAAAUUUACUUAAAAUUCAUAUUCAUUUUGUUGAUUAAAAUAAAAUCUAUCCUUACUGCCAGAAGUCUACUGAUUUGUCAAUUAUAAAUAUUUAGAUAUAUUUUAUUAUUUAUGCAAUACGCAGGUGUGUAGUAUGUUUGUAAUGUUUUAUUUGUUUAAUAUGUUUCCUAGUAUGAAUUUUAAGUAAUUUUACAUGAACACUGCACAAUUCAUAAGGUAAAAGCUGAAGGGUUGACAAUCUUAUAUUAUGAUCUCUUCAUAAGCAUAAAAUUAUAUUAACAUAACAAAAAAUUAUGGACUGCGGUUGGAAUAUUUAACUGAAUAAAGUAUAAUUCAGCUUUUACUAGUGAUUUUUUUAGUUAUGUUAGUUUUCUAAGUAAUAGUUUGUAGUUUAUUGUAAGGAACUUAGGGGCCUGUUGUGCUCAUUUUGUACAUAUUGAAUUGGCCCCAUACUGCCGUAUGCGCUGCGUAAGGGCUUGAUCUCUUUUUAAUGUUACUUAUUUUGUAUUGUUUCACAAAUGAUAAUAUUAUGAUCUUUACAUAUUAUUUUUUAAGGACGAACAUCAUAGACUGCUCUUAAAUAUGAUUAAUUGUUUAUUUUGAUGAGUUAACUAUUCAAAUAUUCAUGUUGUCUAAAUAAUUGUUCAUCAAAUUUCAAAUCAUCUACUGCAUAUACCAUCAAAUAUUGUAUAAUUAGAUCAGUCAAUAACAUUUUUAUUUAUUUGCAGCUAAGUUUAACUAACUGUUUAAUUCUAGCAAUUAUGUGAUUGUAUGUCAUGUUUAUAUAUCAUACUAAUAGGAUUUCAAUAAAUCUUUCUUUAUUAUAA